AGCUCUCUCAAUCCUCACAUCAUCCCCAAGUACAUCUCCCCUUUCCGACGACGAAGUUCUGCGCAGUUGCAAUGGCUUCCAAACCAAAGGCAACACGCCCAAAGGCCACUCGCGCUAAAGCAAAGGACAAUCGCAAAAAGGCCAACUUACCUGCCGCGAAGCACAAACGUGCGAAAGUCACGCGCCAAUCCGAAGACACGCAGACGCGUCCUGAAGAGGAAGCUGAGGCACUAAUCGACUCCAAAUCGUCCCAGUCGCCAUUCCUGAACUUGCCCGCUGAGCUCCGGAACAGGAUUUACGAAUACGCUCUCACUAUUCCUACUGGUUUGGAUGUCGGUCCUGUGCACGCACGUUGCGAGGGCGACAAGCAUUGUUGCGCUGGCAGACUGGAGAUCUUCAAGACUCCUGACUCGAAGGAGGACUGGGCCCUGGGCCUUCUUGAGACCAACAAGCAGAUACGCCGCGAAGCAGAACCUAUCGUCUACAGCUGCAACCAUUUCGUCUUCGAUAGCUUCACUCAUCUGGACGAGGUCCUAUGCUUCGUCGGCCUAGACAUGGCACGACGGAUCCGCAGCAUAACAGUCGAAGACUUACCAGACCCAGAUGACCUACUCAUACACUCGCUCUCACGCGAUUGCCUAGACAUAUGCCGCAAUAUGCCCAGCAUCGACAUUCUCGCGUUCCAAAUACUCACGCAGGAAGAAGUCGACGAGCGGAGUCAACAGUGGGCCGAUAUAUAUCACAAGCAAGUGAAACAGCAGCACAGAAGUAACCGACUAAGCCCGGCAUUAGAACCGCUUCAAAACACAAGACUGGAAAGCUGGAACGAUCAGAAGGGUAUCGAUCGAAGCACGAUAUACAUUCAAUGGCCGGCUAAGAGGACCGUCAUCCGACUUGACGGAAACAGGGAGGGAAGCGAUAUGACAAAACAGAGCGAAACAUCCUCACCGAGAAGCCCUUACAAAUAUGAGUCACAAGAUGCAGGAGAUAGUAUGACCAGCACGAACAUGGCAUUUUGGUACUCACCCUCAACCCAUGAAAGGUGA